AUGGAUGUUCGGGAGAGCUUCGAAGUGGUACGGAAGCCAAUGGUAGCAGUAAGAAGCCAGCCGAGCACAGAUGGCCUGAUCGCAGCUGGGCUUGAUUUCUCAGUGUUCUCAGUCGAAUUUGGCCAGCAUGUGGACACCUUCGGUGCAGAUGAUUCAGGGCAAUGGCGGAGAGUCUAUUGCCAAUGCACCAAGGCUGCGAAGCAGGAUGUGCCCUUACCUCGAGAUCCAGUACAAGCCUGGAUCAUGAUUCAGCAUCCGUCAUUGGGGCAAUUGCUGAGGCCACACCCUUUGGCUAUUCCACUGCCAGGUCGCACUGACCCUGACAUGGUCCUAAUAGACUUCCAGAACUGGGAAGACGUGACAGUUGACAUCAUUUCACUAAGUUGCAAGUGCAAUUCUGCAGAGUGUGCCUGUUUUGCUCGGAGGCAUCUUGAGUGA